AUUUUGUAUGACCAUGAUUUGUAAGGAAAGCAAGUCUUCUAGGCAUGGAAUGAACAAGUUGGCGACAUAUUGCAACAUCAAUGUUUCUCCAUUCUCCAAGAACGACCUCUUUUUAGAGCCUGGAUGCUGGAUGGACAGUGAUGCUCACUUGUCUCUUCAGAAUUCCCCAUAGGUUUUCUAUGGGGUUGAGAUCUGGAGACUGGCUAGGCCACUCCAGGACCUUGAAAUGCUUCUUACGAAGGCACUCCUUCUUUGCCCGGGCGGUAUGUUUGGGAUCAUUGUCAUGUUGGAAGA